AGCCCCCGCGCCCGGGCUCGCGCCUGAAAGGUCACCGACUGUACUGACUGGAAGCUUUUCUCCUUCCGCUUCAGAGCGUGUCAGGCAGGCCGGGCUAAUGGAGCGGUGCGCCUGCGUAGAGAGGGAGGUGGACAAAGUGCUGCAGAAGUUCCUGUGCUACGGCCAGCAUUGUGAGCGAGGCCUGGAAGAGCUGCUGCGCUACGUCAGCCAGCUAAGGGAGGAGCUGGGCGCUGCAGCCUUGCAGCGAGCACCUCUUUCUGCUACACUCUCCCUUGUUAUGUCUCAGUGCUGUAAGAAGAUCAAGGACACUGUUCAGAAUUUAGCUUCAGAUCACAAAGAUAUUCACAGCAGUAUCUCCCGCGUCGGCAAAGCCAUAGACAGAAAUUUUGAUGCUGAUUUGUGUGGCAUUGUCCCUGCCCUGGUCUGGGAAACCCAGGAGAAACAGAUCCUGGUAUUGGCAAUUAUAGAACAUCUCUAUCAACAAGGAAUGUUGGGAGUGGCUGAAGAACUGUGUCAGGAGUCAACUGUGAAUGUAGAUGUAGACUUCAAAAAACCAUUUCUGGAACUGAACAGCAUUUUGGAAGCCCUGCACAAACAAGACCUAGGACCUGCUCUGAGCUGGGCAGUCUUCCACAGGCAGCAGUUGGCUGAUCUGAACAGUACUCUGGAGUUUCAGCUGCAUCGACUCCAUUUCAUCAGGCUUCUUUCUGGCGGCCCCGGCAAGGAGUUGGAGGCUCUGAGCUACGCACGUCACUUUCAACCCUUUGCCCACCUACACAAGCAAGAGAUCCAAGUGAUGAUGGGCAGUCUGGUAUACCUACGCUUAGGCCUUCAGAAUUCUCCAUAUAGGCAUCUACUGGAUGAAAGUCAUUGGACAGAGAUUUGUGAGUCUUUCACUCGUGAUGCAUGUGCCUUGCUGGGUCUCUCAGUGGAGUCACCUCUCAGUGUCAGUUUUGCCGCAGGGUGUGUAGCAUUGCCAGUUCUGAUGAACAUCAAGGCUGUGAUUGAGCAGAGACAAUGCACAGGUGUCUGGAGCCACAAGGAUGAGCUGCCCAUUGAAGUUGAGCUAGGGAUGAAAUGCUGGUAUCAUUCAGUCUUUGCAUGUCCCAUCCUGCGCCAACAGACCACAGAUUCCAAUCCACCCAUCAAGUUGAUUUGUGGACAUGUUAUUUCUCGAGAUGCUCUCAACAAGCUUAUCAAUGGAGGGAAACUGAAGUGUCCAUAUUGCCCCAUGGAACAAAACCCAGCUGAUGGAAAACGCCUCAUCUUUUGAUAAUGGCAAGAUUUGUUAUGAAAUAGGCUCUUCAAAUACAGUUGUGUGCAAGCAGAACUCUGUAAUAUCCUGCUUAAUAUAACAACUGCUAAACAAUGGAAGCCGAUUAGUUUAGUGGACCAGACAAAAACUUCCCAGGAUGAGGCAAUGCAAUAUCCACACAUAUACUCCAUGUCUGCCUGUUUUAGGCUUCAUCCUGGCAGUUUCAACAGGCACUUCUCCUGUUGUUGAGUUUAUCUUGUCCCUAUUCACAAUUCUGUUUCUUGUUGGAUUGUAUCACAAGCGCUCUAUGUGGAGCUGCUAUCCCCACUUUUAAUGCUUACAGAUUACCA